AUGGAACUGAACGAUUUCCCGGCAGAGGUGCUGGGUCUUAUCCUUCGAUCGCUCUUCGACGAGAAGGGUGAGUACGGCGAAUUCGUGCACGGCGACCAUGACAUCGCCAACGCCCGAUUGGUGUGUCGGAAAUGGAACACGCUUGCGACACCUCAUCUCUUCGAGACCAUCACGCUUGUACACCAUGAUGCCCCGGAAGCCGACUUUGACGAGGACGAAGAUGUAGAAGAAGCAGACAGCAGCGAAUUUCGAAUCUGGAACAAGAUGGUCGACAAUGACACCAUCCGCAACGUGGCUCAGUGCGCGGUGAUCAGGAGUGCCCCCGAAGAUUUGGCAAAUGACGGUGACUGGGAGAUCUGGGAGGACUGGAAGAACAAGGGCGAGUUCCCACGAUUCACUAAUGCUGUGGCCCGUAUCACUGAGUUGAAGAACUUGAGAAUGUUGCACCUGUACUUCGGCGACAAAUGCAGAGGGGAAAGGGCAGAGUCUACGGCUUGGGAUGAUGGAUGGGAGGACGGCGUUGAGCCUCUUGGUGCUCGAUCCGCAACUCUCAAGACGGUCUUCAACGCGAUGGCAACCCGGGCUAAGGAUUCAGAUGCCACCAACAUACGAUGGCUGAGACUGGAGAACGUGCAAAAUACUUCCCUCGAAAGCCUGGUUACGUCGGAGAUGGCAGACACAGUCAAACACAUCACUCGGCUGGAUCUCCUGGUUCUGGAAGAAUGCAACGAGCACGGUCCCGACCACGACCUUUAUUGCAAGGAGCGAUGGCUAUUCGAACCUCACCUACAAAAGGAGAUCUUGCCAAAACUCUCCGACUCUCUGACGACAUUGACUCUUGGCUUUCAAGAGUACUGGGGAACUGCUCCUGGUUACUUUGAUGGAAAGGGACUGGAAUUCCCGCAUCUCAUGACGCUCAACCUCAUCAAUUUCGUCAUUUCCCACCAUGACCACUUCAACUGGGUCUUGGCGCAGACAUCCUUGACAACUCUGCGCUUGCUCAACUGCCGCAUCGCCUCUCACCUGCGUAUCCAUGGCGAACUACUGACUAAGUCGGGCACGCCUACCCAUGAUUGGGAACGAUGCCCGCAUGGCGCAUUUGGUUUCACGUUCAACGACGACCGUGUUUACACGUUCUCAGGGAGGUGGGAAACCAUUUUCAACAGCAUCCACACAAAGCUCACGAAUCUCACCGACUUCUACUUCGAUACUAGCAGCGUGGAACAGAAAGAAUGGCUGGGAUUGGUGGUCAUCAAGAAGUUCUCCGCCAAUCACUAG